AUGAGACACGUCAGUGCCCUUGUCUCCGUGAUCCUUUUGAUCUACACUAUCGCCUUCAUGGGAGAUGCUACCCUGAUCCUCCUCAUCUGGGUAGAUCCCUGUCUCCACACCUCCGUGUACUUCCUGCUUAUCCAACUGUCCCUCAUCGACCUGGCUUUCAUCUCCAGCACGGUCCCCAUAAUGGCGGUCAGCUUUUUCUCGGGCAAGAGGAAAAUCUCCCUGGUGGGCUGUUGGGCCGAGAUCUUCUUCACCUUGGCCCUGGGAAUUGCUGAGUGCCUCCUUCUCACCCUCAUGGCUUUCGACCGCUACGUGGCCAUCUGUCACCCUCUGAAAUACCCAACCAUCCUAAGCCACCAGUUCUCCCAGAAGAUGGUCCUUGGGUCUUGGGUGGGAGGGGCUCUGGCAUCCUUAGUCCACACAGCCUGCACCAUGCCCUUCCCUCUCUGUGGGCCCCGGGGGCUCCACCACUUCUGUGAGGUCAAGGCCAUCUUGAAGCUAACUUGUGAAGACAUCUCUGCCUAUGAGAAAGGGGUACUGGUGACUGGCAUCAUUGUGGUUUUUGUCCCUGUAAGCUUCAUUCUGACCUCCUGCACCCUCAUCUUCCUGGUGGUUCUGCAAAUGGGCUCUCCUGAAGGGAGAAACCAAGCCCUGGUGACCUGCUCCUCCCAUUUGACCGUGGUCACCUUUUGCUACGGUCCAGCCAUGUCAAUAUACAUGAGGCCUGGAUCUUCCAACACCCCCAUCUGGAACCAGGCACUGUUUCUCUUCGACACCAUCCUCACCCGCAUGCUGAACCCACUCGUCUACAGCCUGAGGAACAAGGAGGUGCUGGGCGCACUGAGGAAGGUGCUGGGGGGGUGCUCCAUUUCAAAGGUGGCACCCUGUCUCACUGCGUGA